UUGAUCUUGCGCAGUUGUGCAUGUUGCGUCAAAUUCAGAUGUUAUUGUGAAUAUCAGUGACCAUUUAUCUGAAAAUUCAAUUUUCUAGGUUUUGUAUGAAUAUAAGAUCAGCCCGUUAGUAAAUUAUGUCACAAAAUAGAGACGAGAUUUUGGCAAACUUUCAGGCUUGUACUGGAAUUGACGAUUACGCAUUGGCCAUUUAUCACCUAGAAAGUACAGAUUGGGAUUUACUGAGUGCCGUUAAUCGUGUGGUACCGGCAGAUAGCCAAUCGUUUAACAACAGUGGUUCACAAGAUGUUAUAAUGAUUGAAGAUGACAUGCCAGUUGUGCAAAUGCCAAUUGAAGUGGGUACAGACAUGGCCUCUGUCGGAAAUAAUACACCUCAAUCAAACUCCUUUGUUGUGGCAACUGAAAAUCAUGUAGAUCAUCACCCUCUUCCAUCUACGUCUUCAUCAAAACUUACACCUAAAAUGUUGCACUUUAAUAUACAAUAUUGUGAUCGUACAAUUCCUGUUGAUAUUCCAGAUACGGGGACAGUAGCCGACAUUAAAUUAAAACUGAGUAAAGAAUUGAAGAUUGCACCCUGUCGUCAACUUUUGUCGAAUUGGGCCAGACUUCCACAAUAUGAAAAUACUCCUCUGUCGAAACUGAAAAUUCCCGAUGAAAGCACUUUGCAGCUGCAUAUAAAAUCUAGCGAUAGCAGUUUUACUACAGAUCAUGAGUCGGAACGGUUGACUGGUACAUACACAUUAAAUGUAACUGACGAAAAUACUAACAAACAUUACAGUGUUAAGUAUUUGGGUACCAUCCCGAUCUUGAAAGUGAAAACAGAUACAUACUCAAUGACCAAUAUUCACGUACGUAACCAAAUAUGGUGUGGUUGGCCGCCAAAUAUCGAUGAUCAAACCAUGUUGGCACUUUCUGGAAUUAAUUACCCGGAACAUGACCUUUCAGUGAGACGUAACAUUUUAACAAAUCACACCCGCGAAAAGAAGCCAAACAAUACGGUUGAAAUUCAUGACAGCGACGAUGACGAGUUCGAAGAUGCCACUGAAACGUUCACAGUUGAUGAUGAAAUGUUUGUCGAUAACGUAACCACUAGACGAGUUGAACCUCUUAUACCUGAACACAUUGAAGAUGAAAUAGUAGGUAGUAUCAGUUUUGUGGAACAAUAUACCGCCCGCUAUGGGGAUGUUCAUCCCACCUUCUAUCAGGGCACUUUGGAUGAUGCUUUAAAGGAGGCCUGUCCGAAAUCGGCAAAAGAUCGCAAAAUCCUAGCAGUUUACUUGCACCACGAUGCGAGUGUCUUAUCAAACGUUUUCUGUACACAACUGUUAGGCUUUGAGAGUGUUAUACAAACUAUCGAGGCCAAUUUUAUCUUGUGGGGUUGGGAUCUGACAUUUGAAAGUAACCGGACGAGAUUGCAGAAUUCGGUUAACAUGUGCUUAGGCUCGACCGCCGCCGUUAGUUUACGAAAUAUUCCCGUGGAUAAACUUCCCGCGAUCAUUAUUAUCAUGCGAAUUCGUUCAUCUACCGAUGUGUUUAGCGUUAUACACGGAAACGUAGGCGUUAGCGAGUUAUUGUCGAGCUUAACUGAAGCAAUGGAAGUCUUUACUGAGCAUCAAAGGGUCGAGAUGAAGGAGGAGGACGAACGCACGGCCAGGGAGUUGGUCAAAUGGGAGCAAGAUCAAGCGUAUCGCGAGAGCCUUGAAGCAGAUAGAGCAAAGGAAGAAGCCAAACGUAUUCAAGAACGUGAAUUGCACGAGGAGAGACAGCGAGUUGAAAAUGAAAUGGUUGAAGAAGCUGCGAGAAAAGAAGCAUAUCGUAAACAAGUCGAAGCAAGUCUACCCUCAGAACCGAUGGACCGAGGUGAUAAUAUUGCAAAAAUAAGAUUCCGUUUACCAAAAGGGGAAAACAUAGAAAGACGAUUUCAAGCAAGCACGCCAUUGAAGGUACUGUUCGAUUACUUAAUUGUUAAAGGUUACCCGGUUGAAGAAUUUAAGGUCAUAUCUAGCUGGCCUAGACGAGAUCUCACGUUGUUGGAUAGUAAAAUGACAUUACAAGAGUUAAAGCUGUGUCCACAAGAAACUGUGAUAUUGGAAGAACGAUAAAUUAAUACAUUCCAAAUGAAAAAAAAAACCACAAGUGCAGCAAUGUUGGAGAACAGGUGAACAAUACGAAGAAUUUUCUUAGCUAUGUUUUUCAUCUUUGCCUACUUGAAAAUUGGAAUUGUUUGUAAUCCAUUUUGUUAAAUAAACAUUAUUAUUGA